AUGGUGCCCUCACCGUUUUCUGUCGCCCGCGCCGGCCAGAGGUUACCAUUAGCUUCUGCUUCGUCUUCUUCGACGUCUUCUCCCACCUCCUGCUCGCUCCUCGCCGCCUCUCUCCGCCUCUCCCAGACCUCUUCUGCUACACAGACCACCGGCACCCAACAGAUACGCUCCUACAAGCAGCAAGUCCCCGCCGAGGGCCCUCCCAUCCCCUCGCCCACCGCCAAGCGCCCCGACAUUCCGCCGUACCCGCUCGGCCCGCGCCAGCUCUUCAAGCAGUCCAACAAGGGCCUCUACGGCAACGCGCGCAUCCGGUUCGGCAACAAUGUGUCACGCGAGACGGAGGUCAUCAACCCGCAAAAGGUGCGCCGCAAGUGGUGGCCCAACAUCCAGGAGAAGCGGCUGUUCUCGGCGUCGCUGGGCGUGCCGAUCCGCACGCGCGUGAGCACGCGGGUGCUGCGCACGAUUGACAAGGUGGGCGGGCUGGACGCGUACCUGCUGGGGUCGAAGCCGGCGCGGAUUGCCGAGCUGGGGCCGUGGGGGUGGCGGCUGCGGUGGCGGAUCAUGCAGACGCCGACGGUCCAGGAACAGUUCCGGCAGCAGCGGGUGACGCUAGGUCUGCCAGAGGAAGGGCUGGAGGCGGCGCAGGCGGCGGCAGAGGCGGCCCGGGCCCUCUUGGAACACGACAUCGCGGAGGACAGCUUGUUGACGGAGGAGACGCAACGGAUGAUUGACGAGGAGGCCCUGUUUGACAUGGCGCCACAAGAGGGUUUCAUGGCGGAGACGGACGGCAAAAAGUCGUCAUAG